AUGGCGCAGUCUAUGGUUCCUGUAUUUGCAAGAGAAAAUUAUGAUAUAUGGAGCAUCAAGAUGCGGACGCUGCUGCUAUCUCAAGGAUUGUGGGAUAUUGUUGAGAAUGGCUAUCAAGAGUAUUCCGCUGGAGAAACUCUUACGGCGGAACAGAAGAAGUCUUUGGUAGAGGAUCGGAUGUCGGACGCCAAGGCCUUGUUCUUGAUCCAACAAGGAGUUGCGGAAAGUCUAUUUCCACGUAUUAUUGGCGCCAAGAAAUCCAAGGAAGCAUGGGACAAGUUGAAGGAGGAGUUUCAAGCAUCUCAGAAGGUACUUGCGGUGAAGCUUCAAACUUUGAGAAGGCAAUUUCAGAAUUUGCAAAUGAAGGAGUCAGAGAAGGUAAAAGACUAUUUCUCAAGAGUUAUUGAGAUCGUUAAUCAGAUGCGCCUCUAUGGUGAAGAUAUAAAUGACCAGAAGGUCGUGAAGAAAAUUUUAAUCAGUCUGCCUGAAAAAUACGAGUAUAUUGUUGCUGCAAUUGAGGAGUCCAAGGAUCUGUCAACUCUCACAAUUCAGCAACUUAUGAGCUCGUUGGAAUCUCACGAAGAAAGAAAGCUUCAACGUGAAGGGAGCUCUGUUGAGAAUGCAUUUCAGUCAAAGUUGAGCUUCAGGCCUCAAAACUCAAGGUUUCGUGGGAAUUUUCAGAAAAAUGGAUUUCCAAUGCGAGACCGUGGUUUUCAGAAAAAUGGUUUUUCCAGGCAGAACGAAUAUGGUCAAGAGAGAAGAGAAAAAGGAUGUGUAUUUGGAAAACAAAUUCGGGCUUCUUUUCCCCACAGUGGAGCUUGGAGAGCAAGUGCACCAUUGGAACUAGUGCACACUGAUAUAGUUGGUAAAGUGCCAACAAUUUCAGAAGGAGGAAAUUGGUACUUUAUCACAUUUAUCGAUGAUUAUACAAGAAUGAUCUGGGUAUAUUUUCUAAAAGAAAAAUCUGCAGCCUUGGAGAUAUUCAAAAAAUUCAAGGCCAUGGUGGAAAAUCAGAGUAAUCGAAAAAUUAAAGUAUUGCGCAGCGAUCAAGGAGGAGAAUAUAUCUCAAAAGAAUUUGAGAAAUAUUGUGAAAAUGCUGGCAUCCGAAGACAGCUGACGGCAGGCUAUAGUGCGCAACAAAAUGGAGUUGCAGAACGGAAAAAUCGGACGAUCAAUGAUAUGGCCAAUUCUAUGCUCCAAGACAAAGGUAUGCCUAAAUCUUUCUGGGCUGAAGCAGUUAAUACUGCAGUUUAUAUUUUAAAUAGAAGUCCUACCAAGGCAGUACCAAACCGUACACCUUUUGAAGCUUGGUAUGGUAAAAAGCCUGUCAUUGGUCAUAUGAGAGUAUUUGGUUGCAUUUGCUAUGCUCAAGUGCCAGCACAAAAGAGAGUAAAAUUUGAUAAUAAAAGUGACCGUUGCAUAUUUGUUGGCUAUGCUGAUGGUAUAAAAGGAUAUAGACUUUAUAAUCUGGAGAAAAAGAAAAUUAUUAUCAACAGAGAUGUGAUUUUUAAUGAAAAUGCUAAAUCUACUUCUCAACAAAGAGGGUCAGAACAACAUGAAUUUUGCAAUUAUUCUGUUGUUGAGCCACAAAGUUUCCAAGAAGCAGAAAAACAUGAUAAUUGGAUAAAGGCCAUGGAAGAUGAGAUUCAUAUGAUUGAGAAAAAUAAUACAUGGGAGUUGGUUGAUCGUCCUAGAGACAGAGAAGUUAUUGGAGUUAAGUGGGUUUAUAAGACAAAAUUAAAUCCAGAUGGCUCAGUUCAGAAAUACAAGGCAAGACUUGUGGCAAAAGGCUUUAAGCAAAAGCCUGGGAUUGAUUAUUAUGAGACAUAUGCUCAUGUUGCCAGGCUAGAGACAAUUCAUACCAUAAUUGCUCUAGCAGCUCAAAAGAGGUGGAAGAUAUAUCAACUUGAUGUUAAAUCGGCUUUCUUGAAUGGUUAUCUUGAUGAAGAAAUCUAUGUUGAACAACCUGAAAGGUUUUCAGUCCAAGGGGGAGAAAAUAAGGUAUUCAGACUCAAGAAGGCUUUAUAUGGAUUAAAGCAAGCGCCUAGAGCGUGGUAUAGUCAAAUUGACAAGUACUUUAUUCAGAAAGGAUUUGCCAAGAGCAUAAGUGAGCCUAUUCUAUAUGUCAAGAAAACAGGUACGGAUAUCCUAAUCGUCUCACUCUAUGUUGAUGAUUUGAUAUAUACUGGCAAUAGUGAGAAGUUGAUGCAAGACUUUAAAAAAGAUAUGAUGCAUACAUAUGAAAUGAGUGAUCUGGGCUUGCUCCACUAUUUUCUCGGUAUGGAAGUGCAUCAAAGUGAUGAAGGAAUAUUUAUAUCACAAAGGAAAUAUGCUGAAAAUAUUCUGAAGAAAUUUAAGAUGGAUAACUGCAAGUCAGUUACAACCCCCUUGUUGCCAAAUGAAAAGCAAAAGGCUAGAGAUGGAGCUGAUAAGGCAGAUCCAACAAUUUACAGAAGCUUAGUUGGAAGUUUAUUAUAUUUGACCGCAACACGACCGGAUAUUAUGUUUGCGGCAAGUUUAUUAUCAAGAUAUAUGUCUAGCCCAAGUCAAUUAAAUUUUACCGCUGCAAAGAGAGUUUUGCGGUAUAUCAAAGGGACCGCAUAUUAUGGUAUAUGGUAUAAGCCAGUUAAAGAAUCAAAAUUAAUUGGCUACACGGACAGCGACUGGGCUGGAUGUCUUGACGAUAUGAAGAGCACAUCAGGCUACGCUUUCUCACUUGGUUCAGAAUUAUGGAAGAUCUGGGUGAGAAGCAAUAUCAGCCUACUACAAUUUAUUGCGACAGUCGCUCGGCGGAGAGCGCUGGUGCGGGAAACGGAGGCGGCGGGCCUGCUCAGCUUGUUCGCGUCGUGGCGGGCGAGCAGCUCGUUCGUUGUCGUGGAAGACGGUGAUGAUGACGAGGUCGUCAGCCAUGGCCGCAUCAAGCCCGACACCCUGGACGACGAGUCAAGCAGCCUCGUGAUGCUGGACCGCGAGUGGCGGAUGGCGGAGCACGGGGACAUCAACGGCCUCCUCGCCAAACGGCCCUCUUCGUCGCCGCCCACUCCGCCCUAA